AUGCGUAAACGCGGCCUUGGUGGUCUAGUCGUCGGUGCAGUUGUUUUUCUGAUCUUCCUCGGUUAUCGGAUUGAUUAUAAAUACGACACUUUUUCCCAGUUGGUCGUGCGGUCGGAUCCCCUAAAGGAGAUCAAAGAAGGCUGUGGAUGUCAAGGGGAAAAUGUGAGGAUUUUUUUGCAUUCUUUGAAAUUUUUAGAAAGCAACGAUGGUUGAAAGUGGAAAGUGUAUAAAAGUCCCCAAUGAUAUUUGUUUUAAUUUUUCAUUUGUAUGUAUUAGACCCUGGCCACAAAUGGAUUCCGAAAAAUUUCAGCUCGGAAUUAGAAACCGAAUGAUUUUUUUAGUUUACAGAAAUGUGGUAGUCUCUGAAUGGAAUUGCAAAUUAAAAGUCGCCUUUAAUCAGAAAAAAAACUUGUUUUAGUUCUGUUUCCCCGGCUUGGACGAGUCUUUGAACCGAAAGUAUGGCCAACCUUUUCCUUGCGAAUACUACAAAUACCUCAUUAAAUUUCAUCUUACCGAAUCUGAUAUUAGCGGACUAAAAACGAAUGGAACCGACGAAAUUGAUGACAAUUGGCUCCCUGUGUUUGCCAGUGCCGUGUCGUCAAACCAUUUCUCGGAGACGCGAAGUUUUGUAUUGGAUAUUCGAAAAUGGGUGCCAAAUUCAAAAAUUAUUAUUUAUGAUUUGGGAUUGGAGCGAAAGGAGGUGACUUUUUACCCAUUUUUCUUCAGAUCUUCCAUUUUUUAGAUCAAUGAAAUCCAGUCCUGGUGCAAUGUGGAAUAUAGAAAGUUUGACUAUGCGAAUUAUCCUCCUCAUUUCCGGAAUCUGCUUAGUUACGCGUUUAAAAUAGUAAUUGCCGAGAUCUUACGGACAGAACGAAACUUUUUCUUCUAUGACAGCAGCGUGAGGCUUGACGAUAAUCUACAUAAGAUGAUUCCGAAAGCGAUCAAAGAAGGCAAAAUCCUGCCUUUUAUGAACUUUAACGCAGCUUGGCAUAGCGUUUACGCAACUCUCGCCAAUGGUAAGUGAUUGUUGUGAGCUUCUUAUUGAGCGUUUCCAGGCACCCUCGACUAUAUUCCCCUCCCAAAUGAAGUCCUCUACGCAAGGGAAUAUCAGAGUAUCUUGUUCAUAUCCGAUUCCGCCUACACUCGUCGAUUUAUUCGCUGGUUUUCUCUCUGCGCCCUCACUGAAGACUGCAUAUCGCCUAAGGGCGCUAUUGUUAACUGCACUUUACACGGGGAUCCAUUGCACGACAAGAUGAAUUGUCAUCGAUAUGAUCAAAAUUUGUGGAAUAUGAUCCAUCUUGAGUUUUUGUUCCAUCCCAUUGAGCGAGGGGCGAUUUCGCUGGGAUUGAUCGAUAAAUGGGGCAAUGGCACAGAAUUUAUCAGGAAUGUCCUUAGGGAAAGAGAUAGCCGGUAUCUUUGGUGGGGAUCUAAAUUUCUGGUGGUAAGAGCGGGGAGCCAAACUCCAAUCAAAGUGGAAUGUGCUGAACAGGCUAAUUCGUCAACCACUGCAGUUUUAAAAGAAAUUUUGCUUUAA